AUGGAGGGCAGCCGCCUUGUGCGUGCCGCCAAUGCGUCUCUGCAUUCCAAUGUGGCCCCCACAGAGGCGGAUAAGGAAGUAUGGGUGCCUGGCCCAGUCCUCGAGCACGCCAACCCGUCGGGUGUACAGUGCUAUUGCGAGAAAGCAAAAAUCGCAGUGUCUGAAACUGUACGCAAGCGUACAGUGGAUAUCCCUCCCUGGCAUACGGAUGUCCUCUCCUAUACACCCGCUUCUCUCCAUGAGAUGGUGCACGAGGCCAUCAUGCACGAGCCGGGGCCAUCGUCCGACUUCUUGAUGUCUGUAACCACCCAUGCAUGCAGUGCAGCGUCAUCACCGGGAAUAGACAACGACGGCAGCGAAGACGACGUCGAUAGCAAUGAGGACGAAAUCAGCGAUGGGGACAACAACAACAACGUUGAGGACUUGGGCUUACCAAAUGAUGAACGCACGAUGGCCGCUGGAUCAGCAGGGGAGGACGAUGUGAGAGGGGAAGCCGACAUGGCAGAAGCGAUGGACAACGUGGCAGAGGCAAUGGUCGUGGUGAGCGAGGACGAGGCGCCAGGGCCAGCGACAGCUCCAAGACGGGAGGUGAUAGAGGUGUCGAGUGACGAGGAGGGCCCUAGCGCCAGGGAAAUGCACUGGCGAGGCGUGAUAGACCUCACAGAAGAUGAUUCAGACUAG